UCAAGGCAAGCGGCGGGUCAGGCUUAAGAUGGCGGUGGCGGCCACGAUGGCGGCGACCGGUUGGAAGACGCUGAGCUGGGACAUUCCACCCCAAAAUGGUCACGAUGUGUAUUUCUCACGGGAACUUUAUGAGAAGUACUCUCUGGCUCCAACCCUCUCCGAGCUAAUGUCAUUAUCGAAAAGGCAUGCAGAGACCAAGGCUGGUGCGUCAACCUCCAGGCAAGAAAAGCAGCAGCCUGGGCAACAGACCACAGUUAAAGCGGAGCCUUCCGUGGCGCCUUGUCAGGAGCCAAGGGUCCCCUACCCUUAUGUUUCUAGCUUGUCUGAGAAAGAGCAAAGGAGAUACUUAUUUCUUUUGUCUGAAUAUUUAAAUGCUGAUCCCAGCCUCUUGCCCUGGUCGCGGCAAAGAAAUUACGCACAAUAUCUGCAAAUGAAGGAAUUUGUGAGCAAAGAAGUAGCAGAAUUCUUGAAAUUUGCCCAGAAUGCUGCUAGAAGUUGUUCUAAAGAUUACAGUGACAUCUCUGAAGACGCAUUAGUUUAUACCAAGGAUUUUUUGAGAGCUCGCAUUGGUUACGUGAAGAGGUGUCCUGAAUGGUAUUCUCUGCAUGAAGUUACCAGCAUCCUGGGAGGACGGUUUAGCAGAGAGCUGACCCUGAAGUUUGAAAAAAGUCUUCUUGCCUUGGGAACAGCGCACCUUGUGAAGCGGUACUUUCCAAAACUACCUGCGUCAAUUCUUUUACCUGCUGAUCAACCUAAGCGUGAAUUAGACUGUGGCACUCCAAGGGACCGAGCUGCCAGGCUGCACACGGAUGUUAGCACUGACCCAAAUGCUGAAAAACUGGCUGCAAAAUACUGUCCUCAGGUGGUGCUGACCGGUGAAUCCCUCUAUACUCUCUUGAACAAUCACGGUCUGGAUUAUAAGCAGCAGUGGGAACUUCCUGUUUCGGUAAAAAUAGUUUCUCUUGCGGGUCUCAAACCAGUCAAAGUGGCCUACAUUGACCCUCCUCUCCCUAAGAAGGAGAUGACCGUGAGAGAAAAGAACCAGGUUUUUCACGAAUUCCUGGCAGAUGUUCACAUGACAAAGCAAUCUAGUGUCGUAGCCCGGGCUGUAAUACUAGACAAGCCAUCAGAAGAGCUGCCAGGAGCAGAGCUUAAAGCGUGCCAAGGCAGACCAAUGCAAGAAUCCGUUUCUGCAGAUCUGGACUUUGACACGGACGUCACAGAACUUGAAAGCUUUGCCUCUCAAGCUGAGAUUGCUCCAGCAAAGCCAGCCGGAUUGUCUGCAGUCUUGUCGGAGUAUCUGAAAAUGGAAAAGGAGUCCGAGUGGGCCGUGAACAGUAGUGCUGGUGAAGGAAAGAGCAGAGCAAAGGAACAGAGAACAGCUUUUAGUAGCGGGAAGACCUCACCCUUGGGGAGUGAUCUCCCAGAUUGGGAUAGGGAGGAAAACUCAUCAGGUAAAGGUUUUAAGCCGAUGGAAACUGACUCAGAUGGUGGAAGUGUUGCUUUGGCCAAAGAAAAAAACCUGGGACAUGAUACCUUGAUCACUUCUUCAGAUAAAAAUAAUAUCAGUGGAGGAACUGGCGCAGCUGAAGACGACAGAUCGCCUGCCCCGUCCUGCUGCAGUGACGCUGAUGAAGAACCUUUGAUCAUCGACGCAGAAUGUGAAACUGGCAUUGUGCCUGAAUCUUGUGUGGUCACUUCUGACCACAGCCCAGAAGGAUUUGCCCCUCCUUCGCCCAGCCCCGGCCAGGCCCUGUCAGGAAAGCCAGCCGAUUCUUCAGACAUCCAGGAAACAAAUGCUCCCUGCAAACUUCGUCGACGAUUGUCCCAAAAAAUUGAUCCCGUGGGGCAGAUUUUGAAAAUGCAAACUGAACUCCUAAAGCCCCCUUCUCCAAAUUGUCAGGGGCAGCUGCAGAUAACCAGUGAAAGGAGUUUGAAUCCUACCCAAAGCCAGGGGGAUUCCCAUUCCACCCCCUUGGCAUCUUCUUCAGCUGUGGAGCCUGGACAAAAUACUUUAAUGAAUACAGGGAACUCCUCCAAGUUCACCUGGGCCUCCUGUUACCAGGGGCCUCAGAAAGGGGUGCUGUGGGAUGCAGUUGAAGAUGGGGCAGACUAUGAACCUCCUCAGCAUGGCAACCUGGUCUACAAAUUGUUCAGCUUGGAGGACAUGCUGCUGUUGGUGCGCACCACCAUACAGAAAGUCGAGUUAAGACCGCAUCAGAAGAAGGCGAAAUUCAGGAGGCACUUUCCAGUUUACGUGUUGCCAAAGUUAGAAUACCAGGCCUUCUACGGAGUAGAAACGUUAACUGAAGAUGAAGUAUGUCGACUGUGGACAGAAAGUUUGUUACAUUCCAACAGUUCAUUCACAGUGGUCCAGACUGUGGUGUCUCCUGCUUCGGCGUUUCUUCCUUUCCAUUUUGAACCUACCUGGUGGUGUCCCCUCCUUUAGGUCACAUCGACG